GAGGAGGAGGGGGAGGGGAGCGGCGCUGCGUGGACGUCUCAGUCACCUGGACGUGAAAGCGGCACCUGUUGCCUGCGGGCUCGCGCACGUCUCCGCUUCGGCAGCGCCACAGAGGGACAGGCCGCACGCGGACGAGCGCUCAUUCGGAUUAAAACGGAACCGGAGCACGCGACGGACGUGAGCCGCUCAGAUUGAACAUGCUGCAGGUUGUGUGACUGACAGAUAUGGGGUCAGGAAGAUCACAUCUGCACACUUUCACUUUGGUGCCAGUUGUUUGCCUGUUUUUGGCUGCUGAAGCUUCGAUCCCGGAGGUGCGCGGCAAAGCCGGCGGCGCCGUGGAGCUGGACUGCAGCUUUCCUCCGUCCGAUCCAGCUGCCGGAGCCUCUUCGUCUCCACAUGUGGUGGAAUGGGUUCGUCGGGGCCUCGACGUCCCGGUUCUGAUGAACUUUGGAUCGCACGCGCCUCGCGUCCAUCCACAGUAUGAGGGUCGAGCGUCUCUGGUACGAAUCACAGCCCUGAGGUUGGAGGGUUUACAGCUGGAGGACCAGGGCUCGUACGAGUGUCGGAUCCUUUUACUGGAUAAAGCAACAGAUGAGCGGAGAAACGGCACCUGGACUCUGCUUUCUGUGACCGCUCCGCCGGUGUUCUCAGAAGCUCCGCCCCCCGUGGUGGAGGUCCUGGUUGGAGGUCACCUCUCUCUAGCCUGCGUUGCCAAUGGCAACCCAAGUCCAUCCAUCACCUGGCUAAAGGACGGCAGUGUGAUUCUACAAAACAACGAUCAGCAGGCGGCCUUAUCGGUGCGAGCCGUGAGCACGGAGGCGGCGGGACAGUACAGCUGCCACGCCUCCAACUCCGAGGGAAACGUGACCCGCGUGACCCGGGUGGAGGUCAAAGGUCCUCCCGUCAUUCUCGUCCCCCCGGAAAGCACUUCCCUCAACAUGUCCCAGAAUGCACUGCUCCGGUGCCAGGCGGUCGCCGACCCCUCCAACAUGACCUACGUGUGGCAGAAAGGAGGAGAAAACGUCCAUCACAUUGAGUCCUUGAAGUCACGAGUGAAGAUCAUGGUGGACGGAACUCUGCUCAUCUCCAGACUCGUCCCGGAGGAUUCUGGGAACUACACCUGCAUGCCCACCAACGGCCUGAUGAGCCCGCCCACCGCCUCCGCCACCCUCACCGUCAUGCAUCCAGCUCAGGCGCUGCCGAUGCCUCCAACCACCUUCCUCCCCACGGGCCUGGACGGACUCGUGCGCUGCCCGCUGAGGGCUCAGCCGCCGCUGCUGCGCGUGGACUGGACCAGGGAUGGAGCAGCUCUCGACCUGUCGCUGUAUCCAGGAUGGGCGCUGACGGCAGAGGGCUCCCUGUUCAUGGCCACAGUUAACGAAGACGCCGGCGGCGUGUACACGUGCUCCCCCUUCAACAGCUACGGCACCAUGGGCCCAUCUGCACCGACCACUGUGGUUCUGCAGGAUCCGCCUGCGUUCAGCGUCCGUCCAGAGAAGCAAUACAAACAGGAGGCGGGCGGUCGCCUGCUCAUCCCCUGUCACGGAAAAGAAGACCCCAUGAUUAAAGUGACCUGGAGCAAGGUGGACGUGGCUCGCCGCGUCGCGUACGCCAUCGAGGCCGACGGCUCCCUGCUGCUGCAGCCGCUCAUGAAGGAGCACCAGGGCCUGUGGACCUGCAGCGCCAGCAACCGCGUGGCGUCCACGCAGGCCACCACGCGCGUCUUUGUCCUGGGAACCAGUCCCCAUGCGGCCACCUCUCUGUCCGUCUCUCCAGGGGUGAAGCAGGCCAACAUAUCCUGGGAGGCAGGCUUUGAUGGAGGAUCAGCACAGACAUUUUCAGUUUGGGUGAAGAAGAUUUCAGUGGGUGAUAACGAUGACAAGCAGGACUGGUUCUCUGAGCCCGUGCCCCCGUCCUCUGGCACCAGGCUGCAGGUGGCAGGUCUGGCUCCUUCCACCCACUACCAGUUCAGCAUCCUCUCUCAAAACAGAAUGGGCACCGGACCGUUCAGUGAAAUCAUCAGCGCACGGACCUUGGAUCCUCCGCCCAGAAGAAGCCGACUGCGGCCCCCUGUGACGCUGUCAGCUAAUCAGACUUCAGCAGGUGUUGUUCUGCAGUGGUCCCUUCCCGAAGCGCAGCAUCCUCCCAUCACAGGCUUCGUUCUUCAAUCACGCACCAAACAAGGCCAAUGGUUUAAUUUGGACGGCGGCAUCGGCGCCAACACCAGCGAGAUAAUCGUUCCGGGUCUACACAAGGACUGUGUGUAUGAGCUGCGGCUCCUAUCUCGUCGUGGGGAUUUGCUGAGUGAGCCCAGUCCAUCAGUCAACGUCUCCACAAUAGGGAUGGAGACGUACCCCGCCACGUCCCCGCUGCUGGACUUGGUCCCGGAGCCAUUACUGGCCGGCGUGCUGGGCGGGGUUGGCUUCAUGUGCUUGGCACUGAUCCUGCUGCUGGGGUCCGCCUGUGUCAUCAGCCACAAGAGGGACCAGCGUGGCAGAAAGGAGGCGGACGAUCCCCCUCCUGCCAUCUAUAAACGCUGCCCAUCAAUAAAGACUUCAGGCAACAGCAGUCCAGACAGUGUGUUGAAGAAUAGUCUGCUCCCAGCCAGCUCCCAGUAUCCCACCACAUCCUCCACCACCACCUCCUCCUCUCUGCAGAGCAACCAUGCUCCUUUUAGCACAGACUCUCAUCACUGGCAGAAUCCAUCCAGUUACAGCAGAGGCCGUCUUUGCAGGGCGGCUUCUUCUCCCCUUUCACCUGCGAUUGAGUUGAUCUCUCGAGGUCCAGAUGGGCGUUUUAUGCUCCCGCCCUAUGAUAAAGACACGCUCAGUGUUCACAGCAAGAAGAGCCUCCGGUACGAGCGGCCCGCUGACGUCCGCAGGUCUUUGUCGCUGUACUCGGAGAAGCAUGAGACGAAAGACCCGCCCUUUGUCCUCUCUGUGGAUUUCUCAAGUGGCCAACCAGCAGGACCCGGUUCCACAAGCCAGAUGUAUGACACGGCCCAGCACCCUCAGCUCAACCACCCGUACAUGUUGGAUCAAAAACAAAGCUACGACGGCUUUCCCGACUUCAGCAGCAUGUGCUCAAACAACAGUUUGGCCACUCUUCCUCAUCCUAAGAGAGAAGUGACCCCCACCUUCCCAGUGCUCCCACACAUCAGGUCCAGUCUGGGCCAGCCGUCCACCACUGCUAGCAGCCUGGUGCUCCAAAUGGAGCACGAACGAGAGAGAGGGAACUUAAGUCGCUGCCUGAAACUGGCUCAAGAGAGGGAAGAGCUGGAGCAGGAGCUGCUGAGACAUGCCCUGGAACGAGGCUCCAUGAGGAGAACCAACACGGAGCAGCUGGACCUAAUGAGAAGGGACGGCGUUUAUGACUUCAUGUGGGAGUUUAAGAGCAGCACGCUGCCGCACAGAUGCCCCCCCAGUGGCAGGAGGAGCUCUGCUGUGGCCCCAAGUCGCUUCUCCUCAGCCUCCGUUCCCUGGGAAGACCUCAGUUCCCUUCCCACUCCCAUCGCAGCUACUCCCACCCGGUUCUCCUCCAGUAACCAUCAUCUUGCUCCGUCCACAACCAGACAGACCCCCCGUCGAUUUCAGAACGUAGGCAGUUUUUCCAAAGACAGAUUAACUCUCCCACAUCUCUCCCCGAUGCACCAAAGACAUGAAAGUGUAGAGGCAGCACCAGAGGGCUGUGAUAAUUCAGCACAAUCCACAAUGUUAGAAACGCAAACCAAUGAUUCAUUCUCUGAGGCACGGAGACAGAACCAUCUUGGUCAUGGCUGUCUUUCAGCAUUGUCUUUGCGUAGCAAUAAAUACACCCAAAGAUCUAAUUCCACUCUGGAUACAGUGCCAGACUCUUCAAACGCGGAGGUAGUGUUCUCCUGCCCCCCUGAUGAGGACGAGUGCGUUGAGAUGAGUGUAGAUGAGCCAGAGUUGGAGAUGUGUGUAAUGCGGCCUACAAAACCAAUGCUGCACCAACGAAUCGCCUCCCAUGUGCAACGAGGGUGCUCACUGACUGGCAGGAGGCCCUGUGAGGAAAAAAGGAGGAGCACAACCUUCAACCACUGCAGUCCUGCUUCUGUGCAAGAUAUUACCAGAGUUCCAUCCUCUCUGCAUGCUACAGAACCAGAGCACCGGAGGUGUGGCUCCAAAAUCUGGGACUCCAAGCAGCGAAGUAGGAGCCUGGACUUGAGGAGACGCAAAGAGAGCAGUUUCCUGAGCCCGGACGCGUGGGUAGAUUCGCUCAGCCAGGAGAACUGCUCAGUACCGUCCUCUCACCCAGAUGAUCUGUUCAGGGAACCUCAGGGAUCUUCUCCUGGGAGGAUCUCCAAAUCUCCUGCACACGCGCCGUCUGCUGCCCAAGCUGCUUCCCAUUCACCUCCCACUGUGGACUCUCCUGCCCCAAGGAGCACUUCAGUGGGGCCCAAUUCUAAUCCUGAAGUGCCUUGCCAUUACCAGCCAGUGGGAGAAGGGGUAAACAAAUGGCCAAUCAGCUACCACCAGGAGGCCACGAAGGAGGCAGGAGGUCACUCCAAAGCCGGCAGGUCGGCGCCUAACGACGGCGACGCCCUGGAAGUGGAGGCGCAGGGCUCCGAGGACGAGCCGGGAUCCGGCGGCAGCUACAGCAGCUACGCCAGCAGCGGCCGAGGCAGCAUGGAGCCCAGCAACGGACGCCUGUCUGUGUGCCCACUCUCCCCAACCCUUAGCAUCUCACCUGAGACCGUGGAGGAGAGCCAGGGGAGGAGAGAGGACAAGCUUAGUCACCCAAUGGAAGCGCGCCAGAGGAGGAAGGCAUCUGUUGAUGAGAACUAUGAGUGGGAUGCUGCUGAUUCAAGCUCGCAGCCUGAAAUUCAUGAUGGCCUGCUCCCUCCGUUGAAUCUGCUGAAGUCGGCUCCGUGCGGCGGCCGUCCCAGCGUACAAUGCUCCGCGCGGCUGUCUUUGCUCCCGGGGCAUCAAAGCGCCUGCGUGGCUGAGCCAGAACCAGACAUGGUGCUGUUCUGACAGCGCCAGCCUGCGGCCACGGCGCCCGGGUCCUCACUCAGCGACUUGCAUCAUCAAACAGAGCAUUUCUCAUCUCUUAACCUCCUCUUUUCAAAACUAUAACAUGCAAAAGUCCAUGUUGUUCACCUGCUCUUGAAUAAUAAUAUCAUCUUAGAAAUUCAAGUCUCCGUGAAAGCAACAGGGACACGAGCUAAUCUUGCAAACAUUUAAAGUCAUCAUCGUGGCGUUGGUUCUGCUCCAGAGGGAAACUGCAGCCUCCGAUCAAAGCUAUGGCUGUGCUGCUGUAUCCACUCUGCUCCUGGUGUCAGCUCACAUUCAUUCCACAUUCACAGAUGAUUCAGUGUCCACCCAAGAGGCAACGAGUCUCCGUCAGUAUCAAGUGACUGCUUUAGGCUGCGGAUGAUUACGUUCGCACAUAUAAUCUGUCGCCUUCCAGUUUGACAAAAGGAGCUUUUAGGAAAUGUCAGAUGAAAGGAGGAUAAAUUGAAAAUGAAAGUUUUUUUCUUCCUGCAAAACUUUUUCUAAGAGUGUUAUUUCCCACCAGGGAUCAUUAUCUCGUUGUUUGCCUGUAAAACAGCGUGAAUGUUUGGAAUCUAAACCUCUGCUCAACUCUGAUGAAAACCUGAGCAAAGCAGGAGCUUCAAUUAAUGCUUCCCAAAUGAAACGAUGUCCUUGCUCAUUUUUUAUAGACAUGAAGACAAUUGUUUCAUUUUGACUCGUUUUUUAACAGCCAAUUAAGCGAAAUUUCAGUGGUAGUCAUUUACUUACUCGAGUGUCAUCAGAUAAGUGGUGGAUCUUGGUAAAAGUAGCUAAACUUCUUCAUUUAAAAAAUUCUGUUGUGCUAAUUAGUUUGGAGUGUUCAGUCGUAUCAUUAUUAUCCCACUGGAUCAGACCUUUGCAUCAUGCAUCCUAUCAUGCAGUCAAACCUUCGUCAGCAGCGGUUCAGGAUAUUGUCCUUUUGUCAGACAUCCCAGUGGAACUCUAAUGUGUAAUUCACAUGGUGGCGGCAGCGUUAUGGGCCGGGGGUGUUCGGCUGCUAGCACAAUGGACCCGCUGAGUCGCAGCAGCCGCUCUCUGCUCACAUCCACCCAAAUGCUCCUCAACCGGUGGACAGAUAAUGGGAAGUCAAGACUGGAGGCAGAGCAUGAGUAGCAGCUGAAGGCGCUGUGUUUUAUUAACUGUUGACCCUUUAAUUAAAAGCCUCAGACCCUGCGGAAAUGGAAGCAUUUUGCUUCAGUUGGCUGUUUUUCUCAACAGUCAAACACUUUUUUGGUAGAAAAAUGCUAAAAGCAUCGUUACUGUCCCAAUAUUUUUGAGUCCUCCUCACUUUCAAAAACAAAUGCAAACAGUGCCUCCGCUGCUGCCGGGGUCUGACUUCAGUCAGCAUCAACAGCAUUCCUCCGUGUUAAAAUAAGUUUUGGAGCAGAUUUCUACAUAUUCAAAAAGUUUCCCACUUUAACUUUAAUUCUGCAGGAUCAGUGUCUUUCUAGGAACCAACCUCUGCUGAGGGAAACACUCUUAUGCCUCUCGCUCUCUUUCAUUCAUGAACAAUAGAGGAAAAAGGCAAAAUGGGAUUUGCUUGCUGCUGUAGCUCAAGGCCUUUACAUUAGUCAACCAAAUAAUUAAGUCAGAGCUCCACAGUGAGCCGCAGCAUUGUGAGGUAUCCAUCGUAUAAUUGAAAUUCACUCAUAUAGGUUACAUUAAGUACAGAUCAAUGUUUCACGUCUUCAGAACAUUUUCAUUUUCUGCUGCACACAUUGUACCUCGGGUCCAUAAAGGAUCAGACUCGUGUGCUGCUCUGGGGAUUCGGAGUCAGCUCCCGUUUCUUUCGCUUUGUUUUCCAAAUGAAAUCUAAAUAUUUACUUCCAGCACAAUACAAUAACGUUAACCCUGCGUAUGACAGACGUACAGUACUUCGGUUCCAUUCAGAUAUAAACCUUGAGAAGCAGAUGUCUACAGUACACCGUGUGUUGAGUGCUUUUGAGGAUUCAAUCAGAAAAAGGUUUUACAGAAAAUGAAAAACAAUAUCGGCGGCACAAAACGAAGGAUAAACAGAAAACAAGCACAAGACGUAACAAAGAAAGCUAUUUAGAGCUGCCGACAGCAGUGAGUGCUCGUAAACGUGAUUGUUAUACUACUACCUAUUUAGUUAUUGUAUGUACUUAGGGGGAUUAGCUUUAAAAUGAGCGCUCUUUUAUUGUGUCUAUUAAGCAUGAAUGAAUUAUUUGCAAAUGCCAGGAAAUGGCUGCAGCUGGAAUCCAAUCAUGCUCCUAUGAAAGGAAAUGUCAUAUACAAAUUGAAAAGCGCAGCCGUAUGCUGCGUGUGUCCCUAUAGCUAUAAAAUUGUCAUAAUUGGCGAGUACGUUUUAUUAUGUCUGUGAGUGAAUGUCGUCAUAACUUUCCCUAACUGAGCGUUUGAUGGUUCGACUCUUCUUUUUCACAACAGAGAAGGAAAAAUGAAGCGAAUUUAAUAACAUUUGUUCACAAGGCAACGUUCAUGCAGUUCAAAUACAGUAAUAAUCCAAAUGUAAAAGUGGAGAAAAGGCUGCGCGGCGCAGAUGUGUGAUCCUCCUCCAGCUCCGUCCCUGCAGCCAACAAAACACACAACACACUCAUCAUCAGCUGCAAAGACAAUGUGGCAAAAGUUGUGUUCGUGCAGCAUCUUCCUGCUCUGGGAAACGGGAGCAUGGAAAACCCACUGCUUAGACGGAAUGACAAGGCCUCUGUCUGCAGUUUUUCUAAGAGCAGCUUUUCUCCACGGCGUCGCUGUCAGUGAUGGAGCAGUGACACACGGCUCCAUUGUGUGUGUCUGAGCGGCCCUCAGUGACUGAUAAAAUACUGGCCUCACAUCUGAAGCAGCCUCUAAUUAAACUAAUGGUAUUAAUACGGCAACACCAGACAGGCCUCAUCCUGAGGAAAUGAUCGGAGCUAAUGUCACCGUCUUCAGUUUAAUCCUCUGCACUUCCAUUUAUUUAGACGUCUGUAUCACUUUGACCUCGGAGCUACGUGACGGGACAAACGCUCACUUCCCGUCUCUGGCUGCGAAGCAGCGUUUUCACGGCGCUGAGAAGCGAACGGUGAAGGCGUCAGCGAGUUCUGGUCACAGCUGCUAUUGUGAAAACACUGAUUCUGCCGACAUGUUGAACAUUCACCAGCUUCGUCUGCAUCUGACAGUCGCUCAGUGACCUUCGAGACGAAGAUGUUCAUGUUUUUGCUGUAGAUCCUUUUUCACACGUUCUAAACAUGAAGUGACUCAGUGACACCGUCAAACUUAGAACGUCACUAAACCCUGAUUCCAGUGAGCUGCGUUAAUGAUGUUCCAGUCUGUGUCCGUCACCUCAUCUCCAUCUAUAGCACCACUGCAUCAUUAGCUCAAAUCCCAGAGUAGCAUUUGUCCUGAAUCUAUUCAGACUCAUUCUGGAUCAUCUUGACCACCAACGUUCCCACCUCUGCAGAAGCCUGAUGUUUGAUAGCGUUUAUCAGCACAGGAGCACACGUCGCCCUCCUGCUCUCAUCUCCAACGGCUUCCAGGCGAAGCUUUGAUGCUCAGUGUCGGUGUUGGGCCAAAAUGGGAGCACACGGCUGUGUGAGCAGGGUCCCAGUCAGUCCAGUAGAUGGACUGGAGAGGUCCCAUCCAUGUAGACGUGAUACAUGAAGCGUACGUCAGUUUGGAGCUGCAGCGCUGCUUGUUCCACUGUGAUGAUCUUACUACAGCAGGUAUUCUAUUUUUUCAUGGCAGAAAGAAUGAGGACGACAAUUAGUGCUUGUUGUUGAGGAAAGCCACAACCAUUAUCUCCUGCCAAGUGUAAAAUUAGUGCGAUUAUCAACGAUAUUAUUGUGGAAACAUGGUCGGACGUGGAUGAUUUAAAGAUUUCUACCUAAUUGGGAGUUUUUCAGUCAUCUACAACACGUCCGCAUCCAGAAUUCAGUCUGAGGAGAUUCACAACAUGUCAGUGAAGUUAAUUACCUCAACAAAUGCCUCCCAGAAGAGAAGGGUUUUAAAUAACCGCAUCAGGGGAGACGAGGAGUUGUUGUCUCUUGUAUUGGUUUAAUAUUUCAGCAGAGUGUUUCUUAACCCCUAUUUCACUUUAAUUAGGCUUUUGCCCAAGAGACCAGCUUUUAAAAACCCCAAAACAUCUGUGUUGUUGUCGAGGCGCCAACCUCGCUGAGUGUUCCUGAUUCUCUCAUUGAUUGUUCAUCCACAAAUGAGUCCCUCGUUCUAAUGGCUGCUGUGUCACGCGUCAACAAACAAGAACCCGUUCAACCUAUACAGCUGAGAGGUAUAAUGUGAAAAGUAUUUAUGUUUUCUUUAUUUAUGGCUCAUGGAUUCUUGUGAAAUUUCUCAAAUAUGCAGUUAAACAACGAUGUUUACAGUAAUAAAAUAUCCACAAUCUGAAUAAUUAUGUACAUUAUUAUUGCAUAGAUUAUAUUCAGUUUUGUUCUUUCUUGAGAGUAGUGGGCAAAUGUUUGUUCAUUUUAAAUACUGGACUGGGUUUUUAGUAUUUUAUAACGUUUACAAUUAUAAAGAAAACUUAGAAGAUUUUGAUUGGAAGAAAAUUUUAUCAGUUUUUUUACGUUUUUGUUUUACCGUAUGUAGAAUUUUGAGAUAGUUUUUUGAGUAUUUUUUUACAUGCACUAAAUAGUUUCAAAUGAAACAUUAUCAAACAUCUGUCAGUAGAAGUGAAAUGAGCUUUGUUACUAAUACGUUUGUAGAUGUCUUGUCGCAUCUGUCUCUUUGUACAUGCUCCUGUACGAAUCCAACCCUGAAGCCCAACAAAGACACAGAAUGUUUCCUUUCUUGAAUAUUUUAAUAAAUAAUCCUAAACCCAG